CUCAGAGGCUCGAAACACCCCUAAAAUGUCCCCAAAACGCGAUAUUUCACCCCAAAACCGGGCCCAGAGCCGGACCGCGACGCGAGCCCAACGCGCAUGCGCCGAUAAAAGGGGCGGUGCCUCCGCCAUCUUGUCCCGCCGCUCCCAAUGGAUCCGGGCCGUCCCGCCCGGCAGCGCGCUCCGGACUGCAUCCGCCGCCAGAAGCGCCGGGAGCUGGAUGCGCGGCGCAGCAAGUGCCGGAUCCGCAUCGGGGGGCACCUGGAGCGCUGGUGCCGCCUCAAGGAGCAGCUCGGCUUCGCCCUCCAUUCCCAGCUCGCCCAGUUCCUCCUCGACAGGUACAGCUCCCACGGCUGCGUCUGGAGCCCGGGCGAGCCGGGUCCCGGCCUCCUCCACGCCGAAGCCCUGCAGCGCCUCGUGGUGCUGUCCCACGGCCACGGCCAGGAGUGCGGCUUCGUCCCCGACGUGAAGGCGCCGGCGCCGGGCAGCGCGGCCCCGCUCGUGUGGGAGUGCGUGGCCGGGCACAGCUUCUCCUGGGGGGCCCCCGGCAGCGAGGAGCCCGGGGGGGCCCCGGGGGGCAGCGGCCGCCGGCGCUCACUGCGGCGCGCGGGGAACGGGGAGCCUGGAGCAGAGGGGGAAGCUCCGGCGCCCGCCCCGGAGCAGAGGGAAGAGCCGGGAGCUGGCGCUGGUGACACAGGUGAGCGCCGCGUGCCAGCAGAGACAGGGACCACGCGGAAGGAUCACGGGAGCGCACUCAUCCCAGAGGAGAAGGUGAAGCAGGGGCCUGAGCCCCCGGAGGAGGAAGAGGAGGAGGAGGAUGAGGAUGAGGACUUUGCCGAGGACGAUGACUUGACCUACACAGAUGACCUGCGUGAUGAGAACUACCACCCGUCCCUGGACAGUGAGUCGGAGCUGCAGCGGCGACCAAGCCAGAGCAGAGCCCCCAAGAACCCCAUCAAGGAGGAGCAGCCCCCAGAGGAGCUGAGCCUGAGCAGCUCCAGCCCAUCCGAGGAGAAGAGUGGACGAGUGAGCUGCAAGAGGCGAGCGCGGGCGAGCGAUGAGGACGUGGCGCAGAUCGGCCCCAAGAGGAUCCGGAAGGCCGCCAAGCGCGAGAUCCUCCUGUGCGACUUCGAGGGCUGUGGCAAGAUCUUCUCCAACCGCCAGUACCUGAACCACCACAAGAAGUACCAGCACGUGCACCAGAAAACCUUCACGUGCUCAGAGCCCAGCUGCGGCAAAUCCUUCAACUUCAAGAAGCACCUCAAGGAGCACGAGAAGCUGCACAGCGACAAGAGGGACUACAUCUGUGAGUUCUGUGCCCGCUCCUUCCGCACCAGCAGCAACCUCAUCAUCCACAGGCGCAUCCACACAGGGGAGAAGCCUCUGCAGUGCGAGGUGUGCGGCUUCACGUGCCGCCAGAAGGCCUCCCUCAACUGGCACAUGAAGAAGCACGGCGCCGCUGCCGGGUACCAGUUCUCCUGCGAGCUCUGUGGCAAGAGGUUCGAGAAGAGGGACAACGUCGCGGCCCACAAGAGCAAGAGCCACCCCCCCGGCGAGCGCCCAGCACCGCCGGCCCCAGUGCCCAUGGAGGGGCCGGCCCCUGGGGCCACGCUGGGGAGCCGUGCGGACCCGGAGGAGAUCCCGCCUCCCGUUGCUGAGUAUGGGGAAGGAAUCGGGAUCCAGGAUACGGGAGCAUCCCAAGGCCAGGGGAUGGAGGGUGCUGGCUCAUAGGACGCAUCCUCCUUGGACUGAGAUCAGAGGAUGAGGGGUGAUGGACAAGGGUGAUGCUGGACCCCGCAGCAGUGCCAAGAGUACAAGGAGUGGGGAAGGAACGGCGCUUCCCAGCUUCUCUGCCAAACCCUGGGCUCACACACAUGGAGCUUCCUCCCUGAAUCUCUCCCAAUGUGAGGGUGCCAACGGCACCAGCAGCAUCCUCAAUAAAGACUCAUUCCAUGUCCAAGGGGGUUUCCCCACUUCCA